AUGGACAACACAGUUUCAAAUCAUCUGCAAAAAAUCAACUUAGAGUUUUUGGUACAAAAAUGAAAUAUUCCUGCCAGGUCUUUUUCUGGCUGAUACACAAGUCUUGACAAGCAGCCAGAUUAACAUUACCAGACUACCUCUCUUUAACCCCCAACCUAAUUACUCUACUUCUAGAGGGAAAAGAAUAUUUUACUGAAAUAUCUUAUAAAAUUCAUCCUUCAUCCUCUUCCUUUAAUCAGAAAAGGGAAGAAAUAAGACUGUGGAUGAGAUAAUGAAUCUUAUUAAGGUGAACAUUAAACAUCAUGGACUUUUAACUUGCUUUUGAUAAGCUGAAUAAACAAACUUUUGCUUUCAUGGCAUAUCCAGGUGCUACUUAGAAGUUUCUUUUUGUAAGUAUCAGAAAUGUAAUGGCUGCCAAACAAUCUAAAAAACCUCAAGGGGUAGGGAAUAGAUUUUGCAAGUUGCCAGAAAAGUAAGGAGAAUAACAUUUUCCUGUUAGCUUUUUUAAAACUUUCAUCCAGUUAUGGGGUUCUAGAAACUUACCCCUAGAGCACUUUUCAUUGUGCAAUUUACACAUAACUAGACCUACAGGGUAGUCUUUACAGGACAUUGUCACAAACUGUCACCCAUACAACAUUCCCUAAAUUUCAGCCAGUUACCACCUACUAGUUUCUGGAAACAAAACAAAACAAAAAAACACCUCUAGCAUAAAAUGACCCAGAAAUGCAAUGAAUUUUGCCGUUCGGGUGUGUUUAUUAAUCCAGCCAAUGUUUACGGAAUGGGAUAGUAAAGCAGCCCAUAGUUUUCAAUAGACAAGUGGCCAGGGAAAGGUCAAGAGUGUAUCAGUAGGUCGGCACAAACCAUAUAAUGUUGUUUGGGGGGCUGCUGUCUAACCAAGGACUGUUUUCUUGUGAGUUUCUUAAUGAAGUUAGAAAUACAUCCCCCAAAAAGUUUGUUAGCUUUCAGUAGAAACAGGUUUUUAUUGACAGUUUACAAUACUUUCAUAAUAUUUUUACUUUAAAAAAUAGUUUUGGUUGUUUGUAAUUAAAAAUAAAAACCAUAGCUUACUAAAGAUUCAGAAACUGUGUUGUUUACUCAGUAUGCAACUGGAAUAGGGGAACAAUAACUACACAGCCAGAUUUUACCUUCUCUGAAUAAGUGUUUCCUGGCUCUUGAGUGUUCAGGUACUGUCAAGCACACUUAAUUUGAUGUCACAGAAACAAAUAUUACCUGGGGUAUACAUUCUAAGUCGUGGGCCCCCUUGGCCUGUCCCUGUGUGGGAAGCUGGGGCAGCUCCGCUCUCGCUCGCCCAUCUGCCUGCCUGCGGGGUCCCAGCCGAGGGGCCGGCACUGGGGCGCGGCGACGCCAACCACGCCAACCCAUCACCUGACGGUCGAGGAAAAUGAGGGACGAGGGUGGCGCUGUGGUCUAAACCACUGAGGCUCUUAGGCUUGCCAAUCAGAAGGUCAGCGGUUCGAAUCCCCGCGACAAGGUGAGCUCCCAUUGCUUGGUCCCAGCUCCUGCCAACCUAGCAGUUCGAAAGCAUGCCCAAAUAAGUGCAAGUAGAUAAAUAGGUACCACUCUGGUGGGAAGGUAAAUGGUGUUUCCGUGCGCUGCUUUGAUUUCGGUGUUCCGUUGCGCCAGAAGCAGCUUAGUUAUGCUGGUCACAUGACCCAGAAAAACUGUCUGCAGACAAAUGCCAGCUCCCUUGGCCUGUAAAGCAAGAUGAGCAAUGCAACCCCAGAGUUGUCUGCAACUGGACUUAACUGUCAGGAGUCCUUUACCGUUAGCUUUUUAUACAUUCUAACACACACACACCCAAAUACACUGAAAAUCUCGUUGGGGUAUGAAAUGCAGCCCCAAAAUUAUUACUGUGAUUCCCACCAACCCAACCCACCCCCCCAAGAUUGAAUGAAGGCUAAGGGGAUGGUCUGAUUCUGAACUAGGCUCUGCCCUUGGAUCUGCCAAAAGUUACUGAGCUCCACCCCAUGGAUGCACCAAACUUGGACCCACAAAUGCAGCAGGGCUGGCUUGCCAAAUUUUUAGGUAAAUGAAGUAAUGCAUAACUAAGGGGAUGGGGCUGUAUGACCAUUAAGUUCAGAGUUUAAAGUCAUCUCAAUGUAUGCAAACACUAUGCAAAGGAUUUCUGCAGAUAUACUAACUAACAUAUAUAGGUUGGAAAACCAUUUUCUUCUAUAGAAAUGAAAGCGUUUAAAAGUGGGAGGUAGGCUGACAUUUAGAUACCUUGCUGCAGAAAUCAGCCGUCUUAACAAACUGUAAAUAAUCCUCAAGGUCUCAUUUAUAGCAUUGCUUUGACACCUUCCUUGUCAUCAUCAGUUGUCUCUCACUUUCAAAACUAUCAGGUCAAACAUACAAACAAGCAAAACAUAGUCACAGCAAAAAAAAUAUAGCCCUUUCAGUUAUGUGAGAGGCUCCUGACCUAAUUAAAGUUAAAUCAUUUAGGCCUUUUUAAUCAACUUAAUGAACCACAGUUCUGGAGUGGAAAAAUAAGUAUAGUGUACUGCAAACCUGGUUUAUUGAGGGCUCUUCCACAGUUCCGGUUGUCCUGUGAUCUCUAGGCAUGAGUCUGAGAGGUUUUUCUUUCGUCCCACUGCUUUGUCUGGGAUAACCUGCUGUUUACCACUGAAUCGAAACAAACAUCAGUCAGGUUUUCUGUGGACUGAUGUUUGUUCUGAUUCAGUGAUACAUAGCAGAUUUUCCCGGAGAAGGCAGCAGGACAAAAAAAACCCAAAAACUUCAGACCCGGGCCUAGAACCACAGGACAAACAGGAAUAUUGCAGUCUAGGUUAUAUUAGCUUCCAUAUUCAGAGGCAGCGUGUCACAAAAAGGGAAGGUUAUUGCCCUCAUACCCUGGUUUCAUCUAGCUAGGCACUGUGGCAAACAGGAUCCUGGGUGUUUGAGUCAGCAGGGUUCUUAAUAUGAGUAGCAACACACACACACACACACACACACACACACACACACGAAAAUGUAACUUCCAUGUUUUGGGUAGGCUUAAUUAGGAGUUUGGGGGGCAGGGAUUUGGUUGUUAGGAUUUUAAUGCAAACCUAACAAGCACUUUCCAAAACAGUGUGCAAACCAAAACUUAGCUAUCCUUCAAAAUCUUCACUUCUCUGAAUUUUGUGGAUCACAUAGAAUCCACAAAAUGUUCAUGUUAGACCGGACAUCUGUAGACCUAUUCAUUAGCUAUGUAAUAUAUAUAUAUAUAAUAUAUAUAAUUCUUGAUCUCUUGAAAGAUGAAGAUUGUGUGCUUUCAUUAUAAACCAUUCACUAAAGUGCCUAGACAAGUCUGUUAUGAAAUACUGGCAAUAUUAAAAGUACUUUUUGGCCCAAAGUAGUAAAAGUCUGGGGAGAUGGAGAGAAACAAUAAAGUACCCAGUCUAAGCUUUAAGUAAUUACUGUCAAUAUUAAACCAAAAAUAUUUCUUCUAAUCUAAGCAGCCAAAGGGGAGACACUUCCAAAAAGCAUUAGGAAAAAUAUAGGUAGAAAACCUGCUAAAAAGUUUUAAAAUCACAACUCACCUCUGUAUCCUGCAGGGUAUAUACAAAACUCUGUCUCCUGCAUAUAGAUUUUCUUCUGAUUGCAGCAAUUAGAAUAGAUGAUAAAUAGAUAGAUGAUAGAUAGAUAUAUGCUAUAGUUUGUGUAUAUAUCUAUAGUUUAUGUAACAUAUAGAUACAUAUAUACACACACCCCAACUAUAAUCAGUUUAGAAAGUGCAGGCAGGGUUUUGAAGACUGUCUUUGAAUGGCAAGAGAGAUCGUGACAGUAAUUUAUGGAUCGUAAAAGAAAACUCCACCCAUUUGGGUUAGCUGUGUGUGUGUAUUUAGUUCAUAAUUUGAAAGAAAGAUCACUGCUCACCUGGAAUAAACCUCAAGCCUUAUUUGGAAAAUAAUACGUUCUAAUUGCAGUUGGUAUAUUCAAAUAUGCCACUAGAGGCAACCAUUUUUACAGUGACAUAAUUCUGUGUCAUUAACAAUCUGGAAACUAUCUUCAGAUGGACUACAUGAAUAGGUUUCUAGCGUGACUUAAUAUGACUCAUUGCCUUAGCAGGCUAACAUUUCGUUAAAUUGUUUUGUUGUUGAAUUCUAAUAUUUAAUUUCAUCAUUCUGUCUGACAUUCAAAGUCAAAACAUUUGAAAUCUGACAAAUCUGUUACAUUCUGCCAAACACAGUUAUUCUGCAAACAUUAUAUUCAGAUAUUACUGCUGACGAGAGAUGCUCCAUACUGAAUAAAAAUAUCUUCAAGAUAUUUGUCAUAUUUGAGAGAGAACAGGCCUCCAGUUUUGGGGGUAAAGCCCAUAUUAUAGAUUCAUAAAUGUUUUCAUUUAAUCCCAUAAACUUUUUAUAUAUGUACAAAGAGAUUUUUAUAUAAAUGUGGGAUGUAAUCCUCUGGAGCAGUCAAGUACAUCAUUUCCUGUUUGCCUAGAGUGAACAUGCAUGGGGAAUAUUGGUUCAGCCAGUUUAACUUCCUGUUAUACCUUGCUGGAGCAUCCUUCCUUUUGCAUGUGACUAGUAGGUGGAUGUGACCUUUCCAGACCUACUAAAAGGCCAAGUCACAUAGCCACCAACCCCCCUCUUUUUUUUCCUGCCUGCUUCCUGAUUCAACUGGAUUGCACUGCUAACUGUCAGCCAGCAGUCCCUAGGUUAUCUCCCAUAUGGGGUAAACCUGUUUGUACAUAUUUGUAACUUUAAGCCUAAAGCCUGCCUUCAGGAAUCACGCUGUGCUCUGCUGUUCGUGAGUAAAACUGCUUUUUUUUACUCAUGAAUAAGACUAUUGUGUCUUUAUUGCCAUAGGAGUGAUCAAAGGGGUCUUACCAGGAAUAAUACAACAUAUCUCAAUCUGGGCAAGCCAGACUGAAUUGCUUAUUAUUUUAAGAGACUCACACAAGUCUGCAACCAGCUUCCUGCUGUGUAAAAGGGGGGAUGCACUCUGCUGUAUAAAGAAACUUACUAGCACAAGUUAGGAAGGAUAAUAUUAAUCAAUAUAUCCUCUCCAGUUGCCCACAACAUUCCCACAAUAAAAAAGAUCCUUGAUGCAUAAUAACUUUGAAAAGGGUUCAGGAAAGUUGGUACAAAAAUACUCAUCCAGGCUGCUGGUAGGAACUUAAUUGUUUGCUCAUAUAACAAUAUUAUACAAACUUCAUUAGUUUGCAAAUUGUUUCCAGGCCCACUUCAAAGUGCUGGUUAUCACCACUGUAUUCCUAAAUAGGAUGGGAUGUAGAUAGCUAAAUGCCAGCCUUGUCUUACUGUAUAUGCAUUUACCUAUAUAAAUGCUUUAGUCCUCAGGGGAAGGCUUGCCCUCUUUUCAACUGUUGUCUGAGAUGAGGCUGGUUGUGUAAACAACAGGUCCUUCUUAGUGGUGGUAUCACCCAAGCUUUGGACUUUUCUGCUCCAGAAGACUUGCCAGAUUCCCCUUCUUUCUGCUUUCAGCCAGCAUAUGCCGGUAAAUACAAUACAAUACUAUAUAAAUACAAGUUUUAUUAGGGCUUUCUACAAUAUAUUAAUAUCUCUUUGCUAAUUUAUUGCUUCUGCUACAGUUUGAAUGAUCUUUUUAUGCUGUAUUAAAAUUGUUUCUAUAAUAUUUGUUAACAGCCUUGAUGUUCUGUCAACACAAAAUUGAGGGAACUUUUUUUAAAAAAAGAAAAGAAAUAUUUUAACCCACUCUUCAUUGUGGAGCAAACCUAGUAGUUUCUCAAUUAAAACAAAAAAUCUCAACACACACACAUGUAUAUUUAAGCAAAACAAAAAUACCGCAAAAAUUGCAAGUGGUGAAAUCUUUCAAAGAUAAACAUAUUUGGUACUGUAUUAUGCAAUCUGAAAACUAUGAUAAGGAGCAAACAGUAGCUUUCCCACUCAACAUCUCUAACCACAUAUCCAGACAAGCAUCCAAACACAAGAAAAAUGGCAGAAAAUCUUACCACUUGGUAAAGUCCCUAUUGUUUCCCAUACUUUCAAAUAUGUCACAAGGGAAAAUGAAUGCAUAUUUGCAUGAGUAUAGGAAACCAAGUCAUCAUGUGGUAGAAAAAUGAAGCACAUGGUAAGCAGGACAUCAGAUUUCAGCUUGUUUCAAUCACUUUUACAUUAAGGAAGUCUGCUAAGCAAAACCAGCUCCCAUUUUGAAAUGAGCCCAGACAAAAUGCCCUCCAGGUGGGCACUCUCCUUCUCUGGUGACCUUACCUGACGAUGGCAGUGCUGCUGUCUGUGCCAUGCUGCCACCCACCAUUUAAUUUUUGUGUAAUGCUCUCAGUGCAACAUUGCUCUGGGGUAGAGAGUCUCCACCCAUUUUGGUGAUUGUGGCAGAUCCAGGUUCAAAGACUCAGAUCUGUAGAUAUCAUCAUUAGAAACAUGUUUACUGGCUGGUGCUGAUUUUUUUUAACCUUAUUUGUUUUAUAUAUCACCUUCUUCCCAGUGUAGAACCCAAGGUGAUUCACAACAUACCUUGAAAACAGAUACAGCUUUUUAAAAGUACCAGUUAGUUAUAAAUAUUAAAAACAAUUAAAUAAGUUACCAUGUUAAAAAACAAUACUGAGUUAAAACAAAUUAAAACCUUUAAGAAUGCAAUAAGAGAAGAAAAUAUCCACCAUUAAGAAACCCUGCCACAAAAGCCAGUUGGUGGCCACAGGCCUCUAGUAAUUUUGGUAAUGGGUAGUAAUUUUUGCUGUUUAUUUGCAAAAAUAUCCAAGUUCACAAGUAAAUAAUAGUUCUGAGCCCAUCACACACACACACACACACACACACACACACACACACACACACAGCAAUUAUUGCCUAUUUGACCUUGUGGGAAUAUAUAUUAGAAAUCUGAAUACAAUGAAAUCUGUCUUUCCAACUUUACAGUAUUAGAACAAUAUUUCAUCCUCUCCCCCUUCUUACCACAUACCUUUCACUGUGCUUGGCAGCACAGCCAUUUACGAACAGUCCUGCAUCUGCAAAUACUAUUAGUUUAGAAAUUUUUUCCUGCACUAUGUUGUUAUAAAACUCAUUUUUGGCCCCAUUUCUUGGUAUUUUUUUCAUGUUACAGGACAUUUUCCCCCAUUUUCUUUUCCCUGCAUAAUGACAGUUUUAAAUUCAGCUAUUUUGGCCGUAUAUAUAUAUAAGUAGUUUUCCUGAGGCCAAAUAAAAUGUCAGCCUUGAACUACAACCAUGAGCUGCUGUAGUUAAUUAUACUGUUAAGUGGAGCUGCUGAGGCAGACGGCGUUGUGUUAAUGGAAAGACCUGUUGUAUCCUUGAACUAAGCUGUUUGACUAACCUCACCCACAGGUCUGGUGAUCAGGAAGUGGCCACUUGGCUUGUGAUAAAAACCAUCAAAACUAAACCUGUCCGAACAGGACUGGGGAGACCCAGGUACAAAACCUAGCUUGGCCAUGUAGCUCACUGGGUAACCUUGGCUAGUCUGUCUUUCAACCUCUAUGUCACCAGGCUGUGGCAAGGAUAAAAAUGGCAAAGGGAAUCAUGUACACCAACUUGAUUGAGCUCCUUGGAGAAAAGGUGGGGUAUUAACAUAAGUAAUAUAAAAAAUCCAAUAUAGCUGCUGCCUUCUGCCUGAUGUUUCCAUUUUCUUAAUCUACUCCUGCUGGCUUCUAGUGUGCUCAUCUUCCUCCACCACCUCUUCAGCCCUUUCAAUUAAGUCCUAGUCAGAGAAUCGUAGAAUUGUAGCGUUAGUCCAAGCCCCGAAACACAGCAAUCAUAGCUAAAGAAUCCCUGAGAGAUGGCCGUCCAACCUCUGUUGAAAAACGUCCAAUGAAGAAGAGUCUACCACCUUCCAAAGUAGUCUACUUGACUGCUGAACCACUGUUACCACCAGUCAUUGGGCCUAGCUGUCCCUUUGCCUUGCCCUAUUAUGUGAUUGAACUGAUAGUCAGGCUCAUAAAUGGCAGUCACUUGGCAUUCCCCAAUGGUGUUGCUGUAGAUCCUUUUGGUUGGACGGGUCCUACAGUACACAAACUGUCACCAGAACGAAGGCAUGUGUGAUCAGAAUUCUCUUUAGGCACUCAUAGGCAAACUACCCAUUACCUCACAUAAGUGGAGGGGGGCGAGGGCAUUUGUAGGAGACAAUCAGUACCUGGUGGUGAGGUGACGUUCUAGGCCUGAUAAAAUAAAGCAUUCUCAAAAAAUUCAAAUGUGCAAUUGCUGAUCUUCUAACAAAAAUAUCUAAUGACCAUAUUCAUGUUUAGCUGUCUUUUCAUAAACAAAAAUGUUCAUUACUUUAGACUUCCCUUAUUGAGAGUCCCCUCUCUCCAUUCUCAAGGAAAAGUACUCUCCCCCCCACAACACACACAUUUCUUCCACAUAUGUGCAAAUUAGUUCUUUUAAAAAAUGCUUUCUAUUUAGAAAAAGGAAGAAGUGAUAUAGUGUCCUGUGAUGUUGAUAUAUGAUAAUCCAAAGUAUUUCAAUAUUAUCUUACUAAAUAAAUUCAUCACCUAUGGUGUAAAAUAAAAGAAAUGUAAUAGUAUACAAAAGGUCACCCUCUUAACUAGUGGCCAUCUGAAGAACACAUAAGCCACUGAAGUGGUUGCUAUUCACUCGGUAGGCUAUAUAAAGACCGUUUUGCCUGUGACCAACACUAUUUUCAAAGUAGCCUCUUUCAAAUAAUAUUUGAACUUGAUUCUCUUCCAUGCAAACAUUAAAGCACCAGAGAAUGUGUAUCUCAUCCUAUGCAUUAAUACUAAUUUUCUCUCUCUUUUCUCAAGGUUUCUUUCUUUCUGUCUCAAAGUCUAUGCGAAAAGCAGAAGAUGAUAUGCUGCUCAGUACAUUCACGCUUGGAAAAGUAAUACAGAAUGGAGGCAAAGCUGAAAAGACACGGCCCGCAUCUUCUCUUGAGCAUUAUAAAAUGGAGGACAACAGUUUUCUGGAUGAAGAGGAAGAUGGAGCCCUCAAGUUCUCUGUGAGUUUCAUCUUUUGAGCUAAUAUGGUUUUUUAAUACAUUAGUAUAAAUUAUAUGAAGCAAUAUAAUCAUUCUACUUACAAACUCUUAAGAAUUCCUGAACAGUUAAAAACUGAUAAAUAUAAUCAAUCCUUAAUCAGUUACAAGUCUUAUUAGUUUAAUCCAAUUAGAUUAACUAGAUUGCUUUGAAUAGAUAUUUAAAAAAAUCAAAAUAAUUCACUGGAAGUAUUCUUCUGGGCUUUUCUCUGCUUGUAACCCAGUACUGUAUUUAACUUUGCCAAUUUAAUCAUUUUCCAUCAAUUUCUCAAUUCUGUAUUGCUGAGGCUUCUUCCUUUAUUCAGUUCUGAGCAAUGAGAACUUUAGCAUCACCAACAAAGAAUAAGUUAUCUAACUUCAAUUACUUUUACAGAACCUAGUAAAAUUACAAUACAAUCUGCUUAAAUCUUUACUUGAGUUGUAACCUCAAUUUUCCUUAAUAUUAACUUGCAAAAUUUCUGUAUCACUGGGCAGUCCCAACAUAUCUGCUUUAUGCUAUUUAAAACCCCAGCAUCCAGCUUUCUUCUCAACCUCAUUCUCUUUAUUCAUUUAUUUUAAAAAAUAUAUAAACUGCUCACCCACUUGAAAAAAAUGGCAUCCUCCAAAGAGGCUUUCUUUAAGGAGCUGCAAUCCAUGUUCUGGAAAUGGCUCAUCAGAUCGACUGAGAUCACUACACUUUGCAUUCUAGCCAUUAAUUUUUUUUCCUUUAACAUCUAAAUUACAUUUUUUUUUAAAUACAGAAUAUAAAUCCUAAACACCAUGCCAUAAGUCAUGGCCAACCCAUGAACCUAGAUAUUAAGCAACUUCCUUAUUUUGCACUGGAGGGACCUAUGACUUUUCCAUCUGAUGCUGAAGUUCAGAACAUUCAAUCUGUACAACAAAGGAGAGAGACUGAAGAUGAUGAGAACUCAGCUAAAUUACCUAUUGGAAGAAGAGAUUUUGACAGUAAGUAUAACCUUCAGGUUAUUUCAAGCAAGUAAAACAGCAGGAUUGUUGCAGCAUAUUAAGGUAUCAACUACUGAGACAAACACUUGGACUGUUAAUCAUUUCCUUUAAAAAAAUUAUUAAAUAAAUUGAUUCAAAGAUUUUAAGAUUAUUAGCUUAGUGAAGGUAUGUAAGAUGAAGAUGUUCUUAAACCCAAUUUAAAUAAAUGUUAUGUCUGUUAACUAUUUAUCUACACAAAAAUAUCAAUAUUUAUUGGAUGUUUUAUGCAGUGCUCAGAUGCAUGCUGGGAAGAGUCUACCGACCUUGUUGGCAAGUCUAA